UAUGUGUUUGUAUGUAAUAUAUCAUUAGAGGUUAUGUGUCAUGUCGAAGUUUAAUGAAACAACUGAAACAAUAAUGUUCGCAAGAAAAAUGUCGACAAUGGAAGGUUCACUUAGUAAAUGGACUAAUGUUGUUAAUGGUUGGCAAUAUCGAUGGUUUGUCUUGGAUGAUAAUGCUGGACUUUUAUCUUAUUAUACAAGCAAAGAGAAGAUGAUGCGAGGGGCACGUAGAGGAUGUGUUCGUUUAAGAGGCGCUGUAAUUGGAAUUCAUGACGAAGAUGAUAGUACUUUUACUAUCACGACUUCAUCACAGAAAGACGAUUCAAAGACUUUUCAUUUUCAAACAAGAAACGGCGAAGAACGAGAACGUUGGGUUCGGGCUCUAGAGGACACAAUUUUACGACAUUCACAUGCACGUUGGGAUCCAAAUAAAUUACUUCCAAAGCAAGAUUUCGAUCGUAAAGUAGCAGAGGCUGAUGCGUAUCUUCAAUUGUUGAUCGAUCAGAUUAAAUUGAUUGAGCAAAAGCAACAGGCAGUGCCCGAAGGAGACGAGACUAAUGAACAAAGAUAUGAAGAAAUUUUAAAACAAGCAAAUGCAAUGCUUAAUUCCGUCAAGCAUAUGAUUGUUCAACUACAAAUUGCCAAGAAUACAGCCAUACCUGUAAAUGGAAUUUAUACGGGUCCUACUAAACCCAUUGUUUCGGAUUUGAAACUAGGGGAACCAGAGUUGACAGUACAAACAGGAAUUGAAUUGGGGUCAGAAUGUGUGGAGCCAAGAGUUCCAAAUUUAACAAAAGUUGUGGGCAGAGAUCUUCCAGUACCAGAAUUCUCUUAUUCAUCUUCAGAUGAAGACGAAGAUUAUUAUGAUGCAGCAGAUGAUAUUUCACCACCUUUGCAUCAAGCCGCACAAAAUUAUCAUCCUCCAAAACGACGCGAAGCUGAAAGAUUACCACCAACUUUGUCGUUAUCAACAUCAUCAUCAUCACCAUCAUCGACAGAAAUUACACCUGUUGAUAAUCGAAAACCCCCACCAGCACCGCCAAUAAAAGGAGAUGGAUCUGUCGACUAUGAUGCAUUGUACGAGGAAGAGAGCGAAGAGGAAAUGGACUCGAUGGAAAGUCAUGGUUCAGUUGUCACUCAUCUUUUAUCGCAAGUAAAAAUUGGAAUGGAUUUGACAAAAGUUGCCCUUCCGACUUUUAUUCUCGAGCGCAGAUCCCUUUUAGAAAUGUAUGCGGAUUAUUUCACUCAUCCCGAUCAGUUUGUAAGCAUAGCAGAUAUGCCAACUCCUAGAGAUAGAAUGGUACAAGUUGUGAAAUGGUAUUUAUGCAGUUUUCACGCCGGACGAAAAUCAGGCGUUGCAAAAAAGCCCUAUAAUCCAAUAUUAGGUGAAAUAUUUCGAUGUCAUUGGGAUCUUGCAUCAGAAAAGGAACAAAAUAAUUCAUUAAAAAUAGGUGCCAAAUUUGUUAAAGAUGGUCCUGUGCCAUGGUCUACUGAAAAUCAACUCUCUUUCAUCGCUGAGCAAGUUUCUCAUCAUCCUCCUGUGAGCGGCUUUUAUGUUGAGAAUGUUGAGAAAAAUAUAAGUUUUGGAGCGCAUAUAUGGACAAAAAGUAAAUUUUUAGGUUUGAGCAUAGGUGUACAUAAUGUUGGCAAAGGUUGGGUAAAUGUGAUAAAUCAUGGAGAGGAAUAUAUUGUUACAUUUCCCAAUGGAUAUGGUAGAUCGAUAUUAACAGUGCCGUGGAUUGAAUUAGGUGGCAAUACGACAAUAACAUGCGCUCAAACUGGUUACACUGCAUCGGUAGAAUUUCUCACAAAACCAUUUUAUGGCGGUAAACGAAAUCGUAUCACAUGUCAAAUUAGCCAUCGAACUGAUAAGAAACCAUUUCUUGUUAUUAAUGGAGAAUGGAAUGGAUUAAUGGAAUCAAAAUGGGCUGAUGGGAGAUCGGAAAUAUUUGCCGACGUUCGUGAAUUAAAGGCAGAAAAGAAACAAGUGAAACCAAUGUGCGAACAAGAAGAUUGUGAAUCACGAAAAAUUUGGCGUGAAGUUACAAUGGGUUUACGUAUUAAUGAUAUGGAUAAAGCGACUGCUGCUAAAUCUUCUAUUGAACAAAAACAACGCGAUGAGGCACGAAUUCGUAAAGAGAAUAAUAUUAUGUGGCAAACGAAGUUGUUUAAAGAAACCAAAGACGAAGGCUGGGCAUAUGUGACACCUUUGGAGGACAGAUUAAUUGCCAAAAGGGAUGAUUCAACAACAGUAACAAAUUCCUGAAAAGGUAAUAAUGAUGAUGAUGAUGAUGAUGAUGAAAUCAACUGCAAUUCGUCAUUCGCACACAGAAAAUAAGAAAAUUUAAGCCUGAUUCCAUUCAGACGUACGUCACUCUAAAAGCCUGUACAUAUAUAGCUAAAAGAAAAUGUCUUUUUAUUUUUUUUACAUAUAAUUUUAUCAUCGUUUUCUUGAUAUUAAUGAAAUGCUAAGGGGAAAAAAUUGUGGAAGAUUUUUCUUUCCAUUUUAAUUCUCUAAUAUUUUAUUCCAUAAACGACAUUAUUUUUGUCCUAUAAGAGACGUAAUCUAUUCAAUUAAUUACAAAUUAAUUUAUAAAUGA